GAAUGCUUUUGCGCUCCUUUGUGAAGAGGUAACUUGUAUCCAAACGUACGCAGUUGCCACCGUGUCGCUUUUUGCUGGCUUUUUUGAACUUUUUCCUUGACCAAGGAAUAUUCAAUUUUGUGAAAAGGUUAUUCUUUCUGGACUGAAGACAUAUAAAAAGAUGGAUUUAAGAAUACUUUUCUCCAUGUUGUCAAUGAUGUACUCUGGAAUUGUACAUACAGUCUCAUCUGCCCCUAUGGGAAAGGAAACAGCGGUAGCUACCACGGCCAACCCGGUGCCAGUGCGCCACAUCAGGAACAAGCGAUGCUCCUGCGCGACGUUCCUGGACAAGGAGUGCGUUUACUUCUGUCACCUGGACAUCAUAUGGGUCAACACGCCUGAGCGCGUGGUUUCCUACGGACUGGGCAACGCAUCUAGAAAGAAGCGCGCCAUCAAGGAUCCCGAGGUCUCCAAACAGGACCCUCGAUGCAAGUGCGUCAGUGAAGAUGACAGCACAUGUACACGCUUUUGUCAGCUGGAAAAUCACCUCAGAUACGCAGCAGCAGCAGCAGCAGCAGCGCCAGACACGGCGAUCCGUCCUGCGCCAGACACCGUGAUCAGUACUGUGUCAGACGCGGUGAUCAGUACUGUGUCAGACGCGGUGAUCCGUCCCGCCAAGGGCACUGAGUGUGGUGGGAGGCGGCAGUGCAAACACAAGCUGGCUGCCAAAACGACGAGGAUUAAAAGGGUGAAACACAGAGACCACAAAGCAAUUGGCCCCUCAGCUCUAAGGGCCACAGUGAAAGCGCGCCUGCUGCUGGAGAAGUGGAUGGUAAAACAACAACACAAGUCGAGAGAAGAGAGAUGAGGAGAGAGUUGAGGAGAGAGUUGAGGAGAGAGUUGGGGAGAGAGUUGAGGAGAGAGAGAUGAGAAUACACACAGGUGCACCUUGUGGGAGAUGUCCACAUACUCUGUCGCACUCACAGAGGGGAGAGAUUCACCCAUCUCUUUCUAUCCACCUGCCAUUGGGGACUCGCAUGCUGUAGUCCCUGGAGAUGCAUUGGAUACUCCACAGGAAGCCUGCCACUGGACCCACAUGUUGGCUCAAUGGUGUGGGUCACGAAAGGGGGUGAAUGGCUGUGCUGGUGGGUGCAGCGUCACGUCUCCACUGAACUUGUCCCUCUUCAUCAGAGAUAUGCAGACGGUCGGAGAUACAUGCAGGAGAAAUCAGAUGAACGGGCGUCAACUUUAUUGACACCACAUCCUAAAAGACAAGGAUGGACACUUGAUGGUCCUCCCAUGUACUGUCUGUGGACACACCUUUGGACUUCAGCGGCAACCCUCAAACAGAACUUCAGAUCAUUAGCUAAUGACUUGAAUGGCUGAAGCCUUCCUCUGUACAUUCCUUUGACUGUCACUGGAUUUGAGAGACCGGGCUACUUCACGUAGCAGCAGCAUCAGAAGCACUUUCGCUGCUAGCCUGUCCAGAGUGCUUAUGUCUGCUCUUUCAAGAAGAUGUUUGGAUUCAAAGAAGAUCACAAUCUCAUAGACUUAUUGAAUUGACUAUAUGGCCUGGCGUAAGUAACUCAACUGAUUGAUUCCGGGGGUUAUCAUAGUCUGACUGAGGUUUACCACCUUUGACAGACCUAACCUUUCCAAAUGAUCUUGUGGCUAUCCAUUAGAACUUGGGAGUUUUCUGCUGAUAUUGGUUUCUGUCUAUGGUUGUAUGAGAUUUCUCUAUACAUAUUGUAUAAUAAUUAAUCACUGUAUAUUGAAUGCACAUUGUUUCUGUCCCUAUGUUUUAUUUAUUGCAUUCAUUUAUAGUCAUAUUGGCCCAUGAUAUAAUAAUAUGUUGUAUGUAAUUUCUGUGAAAUAUUUUUGUCGCCAAGAUAGUUUUGGCAAAACUUAGGGAAAUAAAUUGUCACACUUAUUUAAAAUUA